CCCCGCAUCCCUCCCCGUGAGUAUCCCUGCCUCUCCUCCCCAUGCCUUCCGAGGAGGCGGAUGGAUGGACAGACGGGUGGCGAGAGGGCAGAGCGCGGUGACGCCGCGGUGGCCGCCACCACGGAGAGGACGCAGGACCCCCCCCUGGGCCCCUCGUGCCCCUUUGAGGGGGCGGCCUGGCCCCCCCGGCCCCCCCAGGGUCCCCCCCAGGGCUGCUUCGCCUGCAUCGCCAAGCCCCCGGCUCUCCGGCAGGCAUCCCCCGUCCUGUCCCCUUCGUCCGCCGCGCAGCUGAUGGAGAGCAAGGGCUGCAAAGGGGACAGCCUGCGGCCGGCGGUCCCGUGCAAGCACUCGGUGGAGAAGAAGACCAUGACCAACCCCACCACCGUCAUCGAGAUCUACCCCGACACCACCGAGGUCAACGACUACUAUCUCUGGUCCAUCUUCAACUUUGUGUACCUCAACUUCUGCUGCCUCGGCUUCAUCGCCCUGGCCUAUUCGCUCAAAGUCCGGGAUAAGAAGCUCCUCAAUGACUUAAACGGGGCAGUGGAAGAUGCCAAGACUGCCCGGCUUUUUAACAUCACCAGCUCAGCCCUCGCCACCUUCUGCAUCAUCCUCAUCUUCAUCUUCCUGCGGUACCCCCUCACUGACUACUAGCGCCAGGCCAGCAGCAGCGGCCGCCGCCAGGAUGCCUCUAUGCCAGAAGUGUCUGCAGUUGUUUCCUGUAGCAAGGACGCAAAAAAAUAAAACAACUCCACUUUGAUUUAAAAAAAAAAAAAAAAGUAAACACAUAAAUAAAAGUUAAAUGAGUUUAUCAGCC